AUGAAGCUUGGCUGGUUGGAGCUGGCUGCCCUGACGGCCGCCUCGGUCGCCAGUGCUAAAGACUUGGCGUAUUCCCCGCCAUACUACCCGUCGCCAUGGAUGACCGGCGAGGGCGACUGGUCUGAGGCCUACAGACGUGCCGUCGAGUUUGUGUCGAACCUAACUCUUGCUGAGAAGGUCAAUAUCACUACUGGUUCUGGAUGGGAGCAAGAACGAUGUGUCGGCGAGACCGGUGGUGUUCCCAGACUCGGAAUGUGGGGCAUGUGCAUGCAAGACUCGCCCCUGGGUAUUCGCGACAGUGACUACAGCUCUGGGUUCUCUGCUGGUGUCAAUGUUGCCGCAACCUGGGAUAAGCGGCUGGCCUAUCAGCGUGGCAUGGCCAUGGGUGAAGAACACCGAGACAAGGGUGUCGACGUGCAGCUGGGCCCCGUUGCCGGUCCUCUGGGGAAAUACCCAGAAGGCGGUCGCAACUGGGAAGGCUUUGCGCCGGACCCUGUUCUGACUGGUGUGAUGAUGGCCGAGACGAUCAAAGGAAUGCAAGAUGCUGGGAUCAUUGCUUGUGCGAAGCAUUUCAUCGGCAACGAGCAGGAGCAUUUCCGUCAGUCUGGCGAGGCCCAGGGUUAUGGCUACAACAUCUCCGAGAGUGUCAGCUCGAACAUCGACGACAAGACCAUGCAUGAGCUGUACCUCUGGCCAUUCGUCGAUGCUGUUCGUGCCGGCGUGGGCUCUGUCAUGUGCUCUUACAACCAGAUCAACAACAGCUACGGAUGCCACAACAGCUACACCCUGAACAAGUUGCUCAAAAGCGAGCUCGGCUUCCAGGGAUUUGUCAUGAGCGACUGGGGUGCCCACCACAGCGGUGUUGGUGCCACUUUGGCCGGUCUGGAUAUGUCCAUGCCCGGUGAUGUCGCCCUGGGGAGUCCCUACUCUUUCUGGGGUACUAACCUGACGAUUUCCGUUCUCAACGGUACCGUUCCCGAGUGGCGCGUGGAUGACAUGGCCGUGCGCAUCAUGGCCGCCUAUUACAAGGUGGGCCGUGAUCGGUUCCGCACUCCUCCCAACUUCAGUUCGUGGACCCGCGAUGAGUAUGGCUUCGAGCACUUCAUGGUCAACGAGAACUACAUCAAGCUCAACGAGCGCGUCAAUGUCCAGCGGGACCAUGCCAGAGUCAUCCGCAAGAUUGGAUCGGACAGCACUGUUCUGUUGAAGAACAAGGGUGCCCUGCCCCUGACACACAAUGAGCGCUUUAUUGGCAUCCUGGGCGAAGACGCGGGAUCCAAUCCCUACGGUGCCAAUGGCUGUGCUGACCGUGGCUGCGAUAACGGAACCCUGGCUAUGGGCUGGGGCAGUGGCACGGCUAAUUUCCCUUACCUGAUUACCCCGGAACAGGCCAUUCAGAACGAAGUGCUGAACUACGGCAAUGGCCAGACCAAUGUUUUUGCUAUCACGAAUGACUGGGCUCUUGACGCGAUUGCGUCUGUCGCCUCUCAGGCCAGUGUUGCUCUGGUCUUUGUGAAUGCCGACUCCGGUGAAGGUUUCAUCAACGUUGACGGCAAUGAGGGUGACCGCAAGAACAUGACCCUGUGGAGGAAUGGCGAGCAGGUGAUCAAGACCGCGUCGAAGAACUGCAACAACACCAUCGUCAUCAUGCACACCCCCGGCGCGGUUCUGGUUGGAGACUGGUACGACAACCCCAACAUCACUGCCAUCCUCUGGGCUGGCCUGCCUGGCCAGGAAAGUGGCCGCAGCAUCGUGGAUGUUCUGUUUGGCCGUGUCAACCCAGGAGCCAAGACGCCUUUCACCUGGGGCAAGACCCGCAAGGCAUACGGCCCUGCACUUCUGACCGAGGCCAACAACGGACACGGCGCGCCUCAGGACAACUUCGAUGAUGGCGUCCAUGUCGACUACCGCCGCUUCGACAAGGACAACGAGGAGCCUAUCUAUGAAUUCGGGUUUGGUCUGAGCUACACCACCUUUAAUUUCUCGGAUUUGAAGGUCACGCCUCUCCCCGCUGCUAAGUACAGCCCGACGACCGGCAAGACCAAGGAAGCCCCCACGCUGGGCAAGGCCGGCAAUGCCUCGGACUACCUGUUCCCCACGGGCAUCAUGCGCGUGCGCCAGUACCUGUACCCGUAUCUCAACUCCACCGAUCUCCGCAAAUCGUCGGCCGACCCUUACUACGGCUUGGACGCGAAGGAGUACAUCCCCGACGGCGCCACCGACGGGACCGCUCAGCCUCGACUGCCGGCCAGCGGCAGCUCCGGCGGCAACCCGGCACUGUUCGACGAUCUCUUCCAGGUGACUGCUACCAUUACCAACACUGGAUCCGUGACUGGCGAUGAGGUACCUCAGCUGUAUGUCUCGCUCGGCGGCGAAAACGAACCCGUCAAGGUCCUGCGCCAAUUCGACCGAGUCAGCAUUGCUCCCGGCCAGAAGGUGCAGUGGACGACGACCCUGACCCGGCGCGACCUCUCCAACUGGGAUGUUCCGUCGCAGGACUGGGUCAUCACCGAGGCGCAGAAGAAGGUGUACGUGGGGAGCUCGUCGCGCAAGCUGCCGCUCUCCGUCGAGCUGCCUUCGGUGGAGUGA